AUGUGGUACUCAUAUUCGAGUACCAAUUUUAAGUACUUCUGCUUGACACCAAAGUACUCGUACUUGUUAUUUUACAAUGUACUUGCACUGGUACUUGAAAAUUUACUGGUACAAUAUGCAAAUGUACAUGAAAAAAGUGAUAAUUCGUUCUCUGCAAGUGAUUCAGACUCUGACUACAAUGCUGCCCCAGAAGAACGUCAUUUGAAUAAUUAUGCUGAACUUUGUGAUCUUGUAAGAGAUCUAGCACUGGCAAAAGCGCAAGCAGAGCUGCUUGGUUCAAGUUUGAAGGAAUUUAACUUACUUGCACCUGGUACAGCAACAGCGAAUUUUCGUCACAGGCAUAAAAUUCUUGUUCAAUACUUUAAAAUGAGUGAUAAUAAUAUUUGCUACUGUACAGAUGUGGAUGGUCUUAUAUCGAGUUUUGGGAUUAAACAUACUGUUGAAGAAAGGCUAUUCAUUGACUCGUCAAAAACUUGUUUGAAGGCAGUAUUGUUGCACAACGGAAAUAGGUAUGCAUCAAUACCAAUAGAUUAUUCUACCCAUAUGAAAGAAACCUACGAAACCAUGUCAUUACUUCUGCAAAAAAUACGUUAUCUGGAAUACAAUUGGACUAUAUGCUGUGACUUAAAAGUAGCAGCUAUUCUGACAGGAUUGCAAGCAGGAUACACAAAAUACUGCUGCUUCCUAUGCAAAUGGGACAGCAGAGAUAGGAUGCAGCAUUACGUUAAGAAAAAUUGGCCAAUCAGAAACAAAAUGCAGCCAGGAAAUAAAAUUGGGACUUAUGAAAAUUUUUGUAAAGAAAUUAGACUGCGCAACAAGUUCCCAGGAUUGAGUUAUGCAAAGGUAAAAGAAGGUGUAUUCAUGGGCCCACAAAUAAGAGAAAUGAUAUCUGAUGAACACUUCGAAAACAUUCUUAGUUCAACUGAAAAAGAGGCAUGGGUGGCAUUCAAGUCAGUUGUAUCUCAUUUCCUUGGAAAUAAGAAAAGUUCCAAUUUCGUGGAAAUUGUACAAAAAUGCAUUAGUGCCUACAAAGAUCUUGGCUGCAAUAUGUCUCUGAAAAUACAUUUACUCGACUCCCAUCAAGACUUCUUUCCAGAAAAUCUAGGUGCAGUCAGUGACGAACACGGCGAGCGCUUCCACCAGGAUAUUUCAGUGAUGGAGUCACGCUAUCAGGGUCGAUGGAGUGAAGCGAUGUUGGCAGACUAUUGUUGGACCCUUCAACGUGAUUUAUCAACUCAUCAAUGCAAGAGAAAGUCCACAGUCAAGAAAUUUUCACCAUGA